AAUGCUAUGUUAUUAUUUAGAUUUAUCAUGAAACUUGAUUGAAUAAAACGAAGUUAGUUCGUUAAUAUAGAUCCGUGUGUUAUAUAUGUAAAAUAAAAAAAUGAGUUUUUCAAUCGACGAGGUGAACUUUAUUGUCUACCGUUAUUUACAAGAAUCAGGUUUUCACCAUUCUGCAUAUACAUUUGGGAUCGAGUCUCAUAUUUCUCAGAGUAAUAUCAAUGGUGCCCUCGUGCCACCAGCAGCUUUGCUUAAUAUUUUGCAGAAAGGUUUAUUAUAUACAGAAGCAGAAAUAACUAUUGGAGAAAAUGGCACUGAAACCAGGCUUACGGAAAGCUUAAGUUUAAUCGAUGCAGUUACACCUGACGCAGUUGCUAAUCGCCAAAAUGCUCAUAAUGCUCAAAAGCAAGCCAUUAAAGAACCAAGUUCAGGUGGUGAACAGAAUGGCGUUGAUGUAUGUAUCAAAACGGACACGACAACUACAUGCAGCACUGCUCCAACCCCUACUGGGGUACCAACACCAAGUGCCCCUGAGACUAUGGAUGUUGAUCAAUCAAUAGAAAUUCCAGCCAGUAAGGCAACUGUACUGAGUGGUCAUGAAUCUGAAGUAUUUAUUUGUGCAUGGAAUCCUAGCACAGAUUUAUUAGCAAGUGGCUCUGGUGACAGUACAGCAAGGAUAUGGGACAUGUCAGACAAUCCAGCUACAACACCAAAUCAACUGGUAUUAAGACAUUGUAUACAGAAAGGAGGUGCAGAGGUACCAAGUAAUAAAGAUGUUACAUCAUUAGAUUGGAAUUGCGAUGGAAACCUAUUGGCAACUGGAUCUUAUGAUGGCUAUGCCAGAAUUUGGGCAACUGAUGGUACUUUAGCCUCUACACUGGGACAGCACAAGGGUCCUAUAUUUGCUUUAAAGUGGAACAAAAGAGGAAAUUACAUUUUGAGUGCCGGGGUUGAUAAAACUACAAUUAUUUGGGAUGCAGCAUCAGGACAAUGCACUCAACAAUUUUCUUUCCAUUCAGCGCCAGCCCUUGAUGUAGAUUGGCAGACAAACACUUCUUUUGCAUCUUGUUCUACUGAUCAAUGUAUCCAUGUGUGCAGAUUGCAUGUAGAUAAACCAAUUAAAAGUUUUCAAGGACACACUAAUGAGGUGAAUGCUAUUAAAUGGGAUCCACAAGGGCAAUUGCUUGCAUCCUGUUCAGAUGACAAAACCUUAAAGAUUUGGUCCAUGAAGCAGGAUACCUGUGUUCAUGAUUUGGAAGCACAUUCAAAAGAGAUAUACACAAUUAAAUGGUCUCCAACUGGACCGGGCACACAAAAUCCCAAUAUGAAUUUAAUACUUGCAAGUGCAUCUUUUGAUUCCACUGUUCGUCUGUGGGAUGUUGAAAGAGGUGUGUGCAUACAUACACUAACAAAGCACACAGAACCUGUUUAUAGUGUUGCUUUCUCACCUGAUGGUAAAUUUCUGGCCAGUGGAUCAUUUGAUAAAUGUGUACACAUAUGGUCCACUCAAACCGGCAGCCUGGUUCACUCAUACAAAGGAACAGGUGGAAUAUUUGAAGUUUGCUGGAAUUCACGAGGCACUAAAGUUGGUGCUAGUGCUAGUGACGGAAAUGUCUUUGUGUUAGACUUGCGCAAGCUAUAACAGAUGCAGAAUGAUGUAAACUAUUAAAGGUUACAGCAAACCUUUAAUACUUUACACCAUUAAUUAAACAAAAAAUAAACAAUCAUGUAUUAGACUGCAGUAAUAACAUUAUUGAAGACACUGACUUAUUGUUCUUAUGUGGUUUAUUAUUAA